CAUCACAUCUGCAAUUCAAAACAGCCUCUGCCAUCUACCAUCGCGGUAAUCCUCCUGCUUCACAUCAACUCUAAAACACACACAUCAUCUCUUCUCUCGCCCAUCAAUCAACAUGACUGGACGUGGCAAGGGCGGCAAGGGUCUCGGCAAGGGUGGUGCCAAGCGUCACCGCAAGAUUCUUCGUGACAACAUCCAGGGUAUUACAAAGCCCGCCAUCCGCCGUCUCGCUCGUCGUGGUGGUGUCAAGCGUAUCUCUGCCAUGAUCUACGAGGAGACUCGCUCUGUCCUCAAGUCCUUCCUCGAGGGUGUCAUCCGUGAUGCCGUCACCUACACUGAGCACGCCAAGCGCAAGACUGUCACCUCGCUCGACGUCGUCUACGCCUUGAAGCGACAAGGCCGUACCCUCUACGGUUUCGGUGGUUAGACACCCUACGACUCAUGUCACGUCACGAUUGUUUUCUGUUCUCGCGCGGCGGAGUGGCGGGGAAAGGCUCGGCACCAGGAAUGCUUUGGGUUGUGCCUGCGAUGUGAUGAAUUCUGGGAUUCGGUUUCUGCUUUGGGUUCUCUGUACCAUACGGGCAAACGGUGUUCACGUGGAUAACAUAAUUGAUACCUCCCACGCUUGAGGAGGCGGUUCUCUGAUGACAU